AUGUCUGUGUCGCAAUCAACAAAUCAAAGCGAAACCGGUCAAGACGAACAUGAAGACCAGGAUGCCAGCGCUCGGUCACGAAACCCAAAGCUGACUCUUGAUCACGAAGGAAUUCGAUACGAAAGGUCUCAGCAAUUAAGAAGAAAUCGCUCAGCUGCUAAAGGAGUUGUUACUAAAAAGAUUAAAAAAUUGACCGAACUGACAACAAGUGUAAUAGACGCCAGCGAAGCUCGAAUAAAGGCUCAAGAAUUCAAGGACGUAGCAGUGAAAUUUUACCUCGCUCACGCCGAUUAUCAUGUAACGAUCAUGGACGAGUAUGAUUUACAAGACUCCGAAGAAUAUUUUCAAAACGAAACUCAAAGAAUCGAAGCUUUUAAGCGAACACUAGCGGACUGGAUUCAUAGUUUGUCAAACCCAAACCCGUCGCCAUUGGA